AUGUCUUCUCUUCAGUCUCCACCUAAUAAAGUUCAGAAGAUUGAUCACAAUGGAAUUCAUGGUGAUGGUGAUGAUGAUGAUGAUGACUCUGCAUACUUCAACUCAUUCCCACCAGGUUUCAGGUUCUGCCCAACGAAUGAUGAACUUAUCAUUCACUACCUGAAGAAGAGAAUCAUGAAUCAGCCAUUACCCAUUAACCGAAUCCGAGAGGUUGAGCUCUACAAACAUAGCCCUGAUGAUCUUGCUGAGAAGUACCAAUCAUACAAAGAGGAAGAAUGGUAUUUUCUUACGCCUAGAGAUCGGAAGUAUAAACAAGGAAGUCGACCAAAUCGAGCAGCAGGAAAUGGCUAUUGGAAAGCCACUACAAAAGAUAUACCAAUUCAGAGCAAUGGCGAAGUUGUUGGCUGCAAGAAGUCAUUAGUAUUCUGCGUAGGAAAGGCUCCUAAGGGUGACAAGUCUAAUUGGAUCAUGCAUGAAUUUCGAGUGAUAGAAAGUGCUACUUAUCCAACUAACAGAGGACCAAAUGAUAUGAAGUUGGAUGAUUGGGUCUUAUGUAGGAUUUACAAGAAACAAGAUAAAUCAACAGGAGGAGAUCCUAAUACAGAAAUUCAAGUGGAGGAUGUAGAUACAUGGAUGGGAGAUGGUGAUUAUUCUGAAGUCAUUGAUGAAGACUUUGGGCUUACAAAUAAUGAUCCUAACAAUUCCAUCAACCCAUCUGGUUCAAAUUAGACCGAGUCAGGGCACAGGUGUAACAUUCCCCCCACCUUACAAGAAUUUCGUCCUCAAAAUUGAACAUACCUAGCAAAUCAAAUAAUUCAAGGUACUGCUUCAUCAUCUCGUCUUCCCCCUGCCAAGAUGCUUCCUGCUCAGGGUGGUUCAUCCAUUUCACCUUGACGAAGGAAACAGUGCGGUUGCGGAGAACAUGCUCUUUUUGGUCAACAAUCUUUUUGGAUACUUCACGUAGGCAAAAUCCUCGUCCAACUCACGGGGUAUUUAAGUCAAGGCGUGAGUGGGGUCCAAAUCUAGUCAUUCUCUUCAAUAUAAUCUUCAUCCAUUACCAGAAUCCUAUAAUAUGUUUACUGGUAAUUAUCCUUAUAAUUCCAACAUCAGCUUUGAUUUUGGGGAUCCUAAUAAUUCAGUUGAUGAUUAUUGGGGUUUUAAACAAGAGAAUUCCUAUAUGUUACAUCAAUAUGACUAUUUGGAUCCCCUCAACUUUCUUCCUACACCACUACAAAUGUCACCAAUAAUUCUCCAUAGCCAACGUCACCAAUAAUCCUACUGAUGAGUUUCCAAAUACCACUAUGAAUAUCACCAAUAAGGAGAGAAAAGUCUAAAUGACUUACCCAGAAGAAUUCUGAUAAUUCAUGUCUGCUAAUGGUGAUUGAUUUGAU